AGCGUCCUGUUUUUAUUGUGACAUGCUUGACAGUAGUCUAACUACUACAGUUUCACGUAUUUUGCUACGUUGUUUUUUCCUUACUUUUCAGAUAUAGAGCCGCCUUAAGGCUUCAGUAGAUACUUUUGCUUCAGACUGUGGUUUUUGUCAGACGACACAGGUAACAUGGUAGACGUGUAUGCGGGUUUGUAGACGUCUUUCAAGAGAAGUUGUCGUCAGGCCUGUGCGGGUUAUUUCCAUCACGGCCACGGGCAAACAAGUUCCUGAACCGAAAUGUCACUCAAUGACUAUGAAAGACAUUUCGACUCGCUGAAUUCAGAUUUGGGCGGCGGUUCUGUGGUCAGUGAGCGAUCAGCGUCGAGCACGUUUAAUGGCGAAGAGGAGAAGCUGCAUUACAUUCCUAUCCGGAUCCUCGGGAGGGGGGCGUUUGGUGAAGCAACCCUGUACAGAAGAACAGAGGACAACUCUCUGGUAGUAUGGAAGGAAGUGGAACUGAACUCGCUCUCGGAGAAGGACCGGCGAGACGUUAUGAACGAAAUAAGCAUCCUGUCCAUUCUCGAGCACAACAACAUUAUAGCCUAUUUCAAUCACUUCAUGGAUAAAAACACCCUCUUCAUUGAGCUGGAGUAUUGCAAUGGAGGAAAUCUUUACGACAGAAUCAUCCAUCGGGAGGGGAAACUUUUUAGUGAAGAUGUUGUCAUUUGGUACCUGUACCAAAUUGCCUCAGCAGUGACCCAUAUUCACAAGGCUGGGAUCUUACACAGAGAUAUCAAAACUCUGAAUAUUUUCCUUACAAAGACUGACCUCAUCAAGCUGGGCGACUAUGGCCUUGCGAAGAAGCUAGACUCUGAAUUCUCAAUGGCGGAGACUUGUGUGGGAACUCCAUAUUACAUGUCACCUGAGUUGUGCCAGGGAUCGAAGUACAACUUCAAAUCAGACAUCUGGGCCAUGGGUUGUGUACUUUUUGAGGUCUUAACUCUCACAAGAACAUUUGAUGCAACGAACCCUCUGAACCUCUGUGUUAAAAUAGUCCAGGGCAACUGGACCAUGGACGUGAACUCAGAUGUUUAUUCUCCUGAAGUGAUCAACCUGGUGUAUGAGUGUCUCGAUCAAGAUCCUGCAAAGAGACCUACAGGGGAGCAGAUUCUGGACCAGCCAUUCAUCUCCUGCCACAGACAGGAGCAUGAAGAGAGAGUUGCCCUGCUGAAUUCAGCGAUGAAAAAACCAAAGCUGAGCACAGUGACUGACACCCCUGUUGCUGUGGUUACCACACGCUCAAGGGAGGUAUAUUUCUGGGGUGGUGGGAAGUUCACCCCCCAGAAACUGGAUGCGUUUAAAGGAGGCAGCAGUGCCCAACAUGUGUGUGCAGGGGAAAGUCACUUCGCAGUGGUGUCAGUGGAAAAAGAGCUGUAUACUUGGGCUAAUGUCCAAGGUGGAGCAAAGAUGGUGGGCCAGCUUGGGCAAGGAGACCAGGCCUCGUACCGACAGCCAAAGAAGGUGGAGAAGCUGCAGGGGAAGGCCAUCCGACAGGUGGCAUGUGGGGCUGACUUUACUGCUUGUGUCACCGAUGAGGACCAGAUGUACAUGUUCGGGUCGGACUAUUACGGCUGCAUUGGAGUGGAGAACGAGCUCGGCAGUGAGAUUUUGGAGCCCGUGCUUUUGGAGUUUUUUGAGGAGCGGCCUGUGCGUCACGUUUCAUGCGGAGACAACCACGUGGUGGUGCUGACUCAGUCUGGGGACAUCUACUCCUGGGGUUGUGGAGAGUAUGGGCGUCUGGGGCUGGAAUGUGAGGAUGACUUCUCUUCUCCAAUGCAGGUGGAAAUCCCUAAAGGCGCCACAAUCUCCUCUGUGUCGUGUGGCAGUGACGGAACCUUCUUUUUGACGGAAGCUGGCAAAGUGUUGGCGUGUGGAAACAACGAAUUCAAUAAGCUUGGACUGAACCAGGGAAUCUCUGGUCUCAAAAACCACCUUGGAGAGGCAUACCAGGGGAUUCCGUACAUCACCACACUGACCUUGGCAAAGCAGCUAUCACGGUUCAAGAUUCAGGCCAUAGCUCCAGGAAAAACUCAUACAGCUGCAAUUGAUGGACGAGGUCGUCUGAUCACGUUUGGUUGCAACAAGUAUGGACAGCUGGGUGUGAAGGACUUUAAGAAACACCAGGGUGUUCAAGUCCUUGUUGGACCCUUUGGGGGGAAGAUUGUGAACAAACUGUCUUGUGGAGACGGCUUCACCAUUGCAGCCACUGAAGACAAUCAGAUCUUUGCGUGGGGAAAUGCAGGAAAUGGGCGCCUUGGGAUGCCUGCUGAUAAGGGAUUUGGAUCAGAGGUGUGCCCUGCCAUGCCAAGGCCCAUCUUCGGUUCCCUCCACCAUGUGCCGGACUUGUCUUGCCGUGGCUGGCACACUAUUAUCAUAAUGGAGAAAGUGCUCAACUCCAAGACUAUUCGAUCAAACAGCAGUGGACUAUCAGUCGGUAGUGGACCGGACCAGGCGGCUUCAACAUCCACAGUGGAUCUGGACAUAGAACCUGGUUCAGAAACAGACUGUCAGGACAGGGGUCUUGGGGGGACAAUGGAAGAUAAUACAGAGGAGUGUUUCAUGGGGACUUUGUCUGGGGCAAAUCAGACUGGGGACAGCUCCUGCCCGCUCUGGCUUAGAAGGGAGCUUGAGGACGCAGAGUUCAUCCCCAUUCCACACGACUCAGAUCUGCCCUCUCCUGACCAGCUCCCUUCUUUCCCUGAUAGCGUCACUCUUCCUUAUGAGGAGCUGAAAGAGCUGAAAGCAGCAGCAGCAGCAGUCAGCUUUAACACUGGCCUAUCGACUAAACGAAUGAGCUGUGAUAAAGUCAAUGGACUGCAGGAGGCUGACUUCUACAAAAAAGAAGACUCUGGCGCUUGCUGUAAAGAAAGUAGUGAAGUCUUACAGCUGAGAGAAACAGUGGCUCAACAAAAGAUGAGGAUCCAGAUACUUGAGACGCAGGUUGACGAGCAAAAGAAGGAGAAUGAAAGGCUCUUGGCAGCAAUCAGUCGUUCAACGCUGCAAGAUGCAGGAUGUGACAAUAACAGGAACACUCACUCUGAUGGAAUGCCCCGUGAUGGAAGGGGAAAGGGAGGUGGGUUCACAUAUCAUGGAGGCCGAUCUGCUGGAGCCGGUGUGUGAGAUUUAAAUCAUGUCUACACCGUGGGUGAAUUGUAACAUUGAAACAUUUAGCACUUGUGGAAUAAAACAAGUUGGGUAGAUAGGAGAUGGAGGAUCAGUGUUGCUGCCUCAGUUCAGUCACAAUUGUUACAUUACAGUAUACGUGUUUAAAGAGCCACGAGUUGGAUGAUUACAAAUAGUUGCAUUAGGAAUAAUGUAAAUGACAUUGUAAACUCUUACAUGCACACCUGUUUGGAGGGAUCUAGCUAUGUUCACAGAUUCAAAUGUUGGCUGGAUUCAACAUCAAGGAUCGGACCUGCGAGAGACAAAUCAUUUACUGGUCAUAGUGUUACUGUGCAAUGUUAAAGUCAAAGUCUAGGUGGUACUAGUGUUGGCUUUAAGGGAUGUCAGCAUCGAGGUUUCAGCCAUCAGUGCCUCAGAUAAUAGUAUUUAUAGCAUAAAAGAUCAGAAGAGCUUUUCCUAUCAGGAAAACGUUUGCUGAUUUAUGCAAGAUUCUGUUUGUUGUCCUCAAUUAUUAAGAGAUGUGGAGCCGGCAUGAUGUCUUGAUUUAUUUGAACUCAUGUAGCACCAUCUUCCAUUGAGGAAACAUUCGAUUCUAGGUAUAAUUUUUUCUCCUUCUUAUUUCAUAAUAUUGAAAAGCUAAAGCGCCAAAGACAAAACAGCCUCUAAAACAUGUUUCUUUGUAUUUAUCAGACAUGUUAGUUAUAACGAACAUAUUCAUAUUAUCGUUCAAAUAUUGUGCAAGUUUGCUUUUUUUUUUUGUUGUUGUCAUAUACAAGUCUUUGAGUGAAACACAAAACUACUGAUUCAUUUUUAAACCAUGUUUAAGCUUGUGGUUACUUUUUCUUCCAGCUUUCUUUGACGUUUGAAUUCUUGUUCCUGCAGCACA